CUGUAACACCAUGGCAGAGAAACUCUCGAGUGUUGGCGAGCACGAAGACGCCAACGCUCAGGUCAUGGAUUUUCCUGGAGGGAAGGUAGCUUUUACACCUGAGAUUAAGUUCAUAUCAGAAUCCAGUAAAGAGCGUGUCCCUUGCUACCGUGUUCUUGAUGACAAUGGCCAACUCAUCACCAACAGCCACUUUGUUCAGGUUAGUGAGGAAGUUGCGGUGAAGAUGUAUAGCGAUAUG